AGGGCCGAAUGUGUACGCUGGGCCACGUGUCAAGUGUUUUAUUGAACUUAUUGGUUGCAUUACAGCUGAUACAACCUUUAUACUGAAUCAACAUGGAGCAGGUACUUAUACUUGGAUGUCUAUGAGGAAGGAAAUGAAGUUACUCCUACUGUUAAGCACACUUGUUUUGGGUUGUGCUGCUGCUACAGACAACAGUACGCCAGGCAAUGAACGCCAGGGCUCGUUCAUCAAGGAAACGCUCACCUGCUCUUCAUCCAGCGAGGAGGAAGGGUUCUGUGAGAGGCCGCAGCAUGAAGAAGAAAAACUCAGACGACUAGCCCAAGAUGGUGCUGUGGCGUCCAUGUCAACCAAAUCUACCAAAGAAGUGGACUCAACAGCAGACUCACUAUCCACAGCAGGCAAGAGCUCUACCAAUGAGGAAGAGCCAAAAUCCCCCACCAUACACAUCUCCAAAAGCACAAACUCAAACCAGCCAUCUUUGAGUGAGGGCGAGAAGCACAGAACAGCAAUGUAUCCACCAAAGGAGAAGAUACCACAGCAUUCAGAAAGGGUGGACCAGAGUGGUCAAUGGAGUCAACCAACAGGAGGAGGGAAAGAAGAAGGGGAGAAGAAAGAGGAAGAUGAAGAAGGGGAGGGUGAUGCAGUCUGGGUGCUACGACAGGAAGGAGAUCUGGAGGCCUUCACCAACAGGGGGAAUGUUGUCAUUGUCUACUUCUACAGAAACACUUGGUCCCCAGCACUCCAGAGGUUCCUGAGGGAGUACAGCAGAUCAGCCCAAGACUUGCUACACUACAGAAUUUUGCUGGCCACUGUGGACUGUGGAGAGUACCAUGUGUCAUCGUACUGUUCCUCGGACAAAAUCAAUCGUUUUGCAUAUGGUUUCCGAGGAGGUCAAGAGAAAAUUGCCUUCCCACUGGACACCCUCUUCAACAGCAAUGCUAUUGUAGCCUCAGCUCUCCACCUGGCGUUGAUCAACACUGUCCCUAUCCUACAAACAGCUGGGGAAAGACGUAACCUUGAAAAACGCUGCCGAGGCCACUGUGACCUCAUCUUUGCCUACCUACGCACUCUUGGGACUCCAGAGCACCGAACCUUCCUGGAGGUGGCCCAUGCUCACCAGUCCUCGUUUGUGUUUGCCAUCACCACCUAUACAGCUGGCACCCUAGGUUUGCCUCCUCCUCAUGCUGAGGAGGAGGAACAGGAGAAGGGUGUGUGGGUGAUACACUGUCAGGGCAAGACUAUCAGCGAGGAGUGUGUGGUGAGCAACUACCGGGGGAAGAUGAUGCUGCCACAGCUACUCCACUUCAUUGACGUCCUGCAAUUGCCUCUCUGGCAUGAAGCCUCCAAGGUGCCACCAUCCCAGGAGCUUGUAACACCCUACGACGAUGCUGACCUGCCCUGGCUGCUGUUGCUUCAUGACAGCUCCUCCGCCACACGUGUCAAGGUUUUGGCCCCCAGCCUUGCCGAGCUCUUGCAUGGAUCUGUUGCUAUUAUCACCCUCAACAUGGAUGGUGUCACUGAUGAGCUAUUGGCCAAACUGGGCCUGAAUAUCCACACCAUUACCACACCAGCCCUCGCCUUCCUGCAGCGGGAUAAGUCGAGCGCCACAAUGUUGCUUAAUGAUUAUGAUGAUGUGUUGGAGUGGGUGAAGGAGCAGCUGAUGGUCCUACAUCAGAAAGAGCCCCAGAGCAAGGAGGAGCAAGGCUACCUUCCAGUGCAAGAAGUGGAAGAGCUGCAGCAAGAUGACGAGUUGGUGCUGGGAAUGGUGGAAAAUGACAGCUUUCCGGGGGUGACAGAGCUGGCCGGCCCAACACCUUUCAAUGCUGCUCUCAAGAUCAAAAAAAUGGCUGUUGUUGCCUUCUACCUGACCUGGGAUCCAGUCAGCAAUGCUCUUCUGCAGCAUCUGAGUGCUGUGGCAAGUCUGUUGGAGGAGCACCACAGCCAAGCCUCACUAUACAGCAUCAACUGCUAUGACUGGUCUCUGCUGUGCGAUAGCUACGGCAUCAACACUUAUCCCAUGCUGCGUCUCUACCCCCACGGCCGCCGCAACGUGACCUACAGCAACGCCAUCAACUAUUACCACAUCUUAAGGGCCAUAUUACUGGUGGAGCGGCCCAGCCCAGUGAAACUGACCAGCGUUCGGGCAGUAGAGGACAUGCUCGCCCUCAAGAAAGACAUUCACCCAGCUGCCCAACUCAUCAGUGCUGCCAUGGUUGGUGUAUUUCCAACUGAGAAAGAUUCAUCAACUUUCCUUGAAGUAUGUUGGAUGCUGGAGGGCAGCCAACUUUUGGGUCUUCACAUUUCCCAAGAGGCUGUUAGUACAUACUGUUCCUCUGAGGCUGGCUGUGUGGUGGUGAGCAAGCCCGGAGACAUCUUCCAGCCAUGGAGAACACUGGAGGCUCCUCUGCUCAGGUCCACGGCAAUCACAAGUGUCCUCAGCCAAGCCACCCUCAAUGUGAUGGACCAACUGGAUCCUGAGAGAUAUUCAGCCAUGCACAAUGGAGCAGAGAGUUCAGAUGAGGCACCAACCAGCCAGCACCUUGUCAUUUUGUUCCUGCCCAGUCACACCCUUCAAGCUGCAACUCUGAGCAACGCAGUGCCACCAUGGUCCUACUCCUCCUCAGCGAGCAAGAAAUUACCUCAAGACAACUUAUUGAUCACUAUUGGUCUUUUGGCAGCUGAUUUGUCUGAGCCAGGCUUUGUCUUCUCCUGGCUUACAUGGAAUGACCCUUUGGCACAGCAGUUAGGGCCUGUGUAUGGACUCACCCCUGAGGUGCAUGCAGUGGUGGGUGUAGCGAUGGGGGAGGGAGAGGUGCAUAUCUUCCCGCAGGGCAACUCCACCCGAGCUUCCCUCAAGGCCUGGCUCACAGCUCUUAGGGAGGGACACAGCACACCCUCAGUGGUGCUGCCGAAGAAAGUGUGGGAGCCCCGUCUGCCUGGCUUUGACUUCAUGCGCUUCAUGCAGGAGGACCAGGACCACGAUGCAGAGGAUCAUCUGGUGUUGGAGAUGGAGGCCGACCUUACUGCCAAGCCCCACCAUGGCACAGCCGGCAAGCAGAAGGUUUAAAUAAGCAACCGUGAGGGCAGCAGCAGAAGCAGCAAGAAGCUCACCCAAGACAAUUUUUAAGUAUUUUGAGAGUAUGGGAAGGUAAAGAUAAUGGAGUGAUACAUCUCAAGUAACUUUUCUCAUUAUUAAUUAAUUCUCAAAGUAUUCAAUAGUUCACUAUACUUACACAAAUGUAUGAUUCUCUCUCACUUCAAAUUUAAUGUAGUUUUUAAGUUUUAUUGACUUUUAUUUAAAUAGUUGCUUUUUAUUUAUUUAUUUAUUUAUUUAUUUAUUUAUUUUUUUUUUUUUCUAAUUGCUACAGGUCACUUGUUACGUUCUCAAACUGUUAAGAUUAUAUGACCAAACAGAGUACAUAAAUACUAUAUGAAUGUAAUAUUUGUUUUUCUACAAUAGUUUUAAUAAUGUAAACAAAAGAUAUGAUAAUAUGGUUCUCCUGUGUGCCUAUUACUUAAAUAUUUUUACUGAAAUUCCUCAAACCAUGAUUUCUUACCUUACCUUGGGAUCCUAUUUUGCUUUUUUUUCAUAAGUUUAUUCCUUGAGCAAUAUUUCAGUAGUAUAAUGAUAAUUUGUUUUUCAAAUACCAUCGACCAUUCAUCACUUUUUUUAUGGUCACACAUUUGUGGUGAUUUUGUAUUCACCACUUCAUUAAAAUUAAUAUUCCCCUCAACAGUUAUAUCCAUCAGUACCCAGUGUCAGUAUCCCAGCCACACUUCAUUGUCUUUUUAUUACUAUUUUUUAUCACUUAAUAAUUCUUAUCAAUACUAUUAUAUUACAAUGAGCAAUAUAUUUAAUUGUUACUGCAAUAUGUACCUGGAAACCUGAUAAGUGAAGACAUUGACUAUGCAGGUGUUUACCCCAAUUGCUUAGGCCAGGAGUAUUGAAUGGAUGAAGAGCUUGUCCUUUUCUUACAUACAAGGUGCAAUGUGUGGUCUAUAAAAAUACAGUAGAAAAAAUAGGAAGAAAAAAUGGGUUACAGAACUUACAGGUUCCUAUUGCUUCUUUUGUAUUGAAAAUAAAAACAAGUAAAUCUUACUGAUCAUUU